AUGUCCGCCUCGGGUGAAUUCGGUAACCCUUUACGCAAGUUCAAGCUCGUUUUCCUAGGGGAACAAAGUGUGGGGAAGACGUCGCUCAUCACUAGGUUCAUGUAUGAUAGUUUUGACAACACUUACCAGGCGACAAUCGGCAUCGACUUUCUGUCGAAGACAAUGUACCUAGAAGACCGCACGGUUCGACUCCAGCUGUGGGACACUGCGGGUCAGGAGCGCUUCCGAUCUCUUAUACCUUCUUACAUCAGGGACUCUACUGUCGCUGUUGUUGUAUAUGAUAUAACUAAUGCAAACUCGUUCCACCAAACGUCUAAAUGGAUCGACGACGUGCGCACAGAACGUGGGUCCGACGUAAUCAUCAUGCUGGUGGGCAACAAGACGGAUUUGUCCGAUAAGCGCCAGGUGUCCACCGAAGACGGCGACCGCAAGGCCAAGGAGCUUAACGUGAUGUUCAUCGAAACCAGUGCUAAGGCUGGAUACAAUGUUAAACAGUUGUUCCGGCGAGUGGCGGCUGCGCUGCCCGGUAUGGACUCUGCGGAGAACAAACCACCGGAAGACACGGUGGACUUGCAGACGCAAUCGCCAAUGGGAUCGGAGCAGGAGGGCAACGAGAGCGGAUGCGUGUGUUGA